GGCCCUGAGGGAGCUGAUCGCAGUAGUGAAGCCGACCCGAGGCCUGCCCCAGCUUGUUAGCACUCCGAGCACAUCCCCAGCAGGGCCAGUGACAGCCCUAAGGGUUGCUUUUAUUCCCGCUCAGAACUCGAGCACGGCGGCGGUACCGGAGAGCUCUCAGAAGAGAGCUACGAGGCGCAGAGCACACAGACACCGGGUGCAGCAGAGGUUAGGGAGAGGCUGUGCGUUAGAGGAAGGAUCGCAGUUGGAAUGUGAUGGCGUUUCCAGGUGAUCCUCCCCCCUGAGCUGGGGAGGAGUGGCUGUGGGUGGUCAGCAGUCAGCACCCCGUACUUUGCUCCCGCACAGACCCUGCCCGUUGCACACUGCAGCCAAUAGUGCCGGCCCAGACAGCACGAUGACAAAUCACAGCCGGGGUUAGGCCUGCUGCCUGAUCCCUGGGAUUUUCCCAGCCAUUAACCAUCACUUCAGAAAUUCUGUCACUGGAGAACUUGGAAUAACCUGCGUCUGGUUAUCCUGUUCAGGAAGGUGCUUUAAACCAGAGAAGUGUCUCUUCUGAAAUUUGCAGUUGAAUGACUCCAAUGCUGCUGUCUUCAGCAGCAGACAAAAAUUACCAGUAGAGCUGCAAAAUAGCAGAAUUUCUCCCCUUGAACAUUGCAGUCGUUGCUUCUUGGAGCAGCGCUGCUGCAAACUGCAGCCCCGAUUGCUGGAAGCUCCAGAACAGCGAUCAGGCACAGAUAUGAUGGUGAUGAGGCAGGCAGGAGUAGCUCAUUGAGGGCUCUCACCUCCACACCGAGCCUAAGGUCUGAAUAAAGAAAAGAAGACAGCGUGCUGUGUGAGGACGUGGCCUACCUCUCAGCAGUGGUUAGGAGUGUCCUCAUGCUGCUCUCACAGCUGGCUCCUUGUAGCCACAAUGGCAACGUCAUCAGAAGAAGUGUUACUGAUUGUAAAGAAGGUCCGCCAGAAGAAGCAGGAUGGAGCUCUCUACCUUAUGGCUGAGAGGAUAGCGUGGGCACCUGAAGGCAAAGACCGCUUCACAGUCAGCCACAUGUAUGCAGACAUAAAAUGCCAGAAAAUCAGUCCAGAAGGUAAAGCUAAAAUUCAGCUUCAGCUAGUAUUGCAUGCAGGGGACACAACCAACUUUCACUUCUCCAAUGAAAGCACAGCAGUGAAGGAGCGAGAUGCAGUAAAGGAUCUUCUUCAACAACUGUUGCCCAAAUUCAAGAGGAAAGCUAAUAAAGAACUUGAGGAGAAGAACAGAAUGCUGCAAGAAGAUCCUGUUUUGUUUCAGCUCUAUAAAGACCUUGUUGUGAGCCAAGUAAUCAGUGCUGAAGAAUUCUGGGCCAACCGUUUAAGCCUGAAUGCAGGGGAUAAUUCUGCAGCACCUAGUAAGCAGGAUGUGGGCAUCUCUGCAGCAUUUCUGGCUGACGUACGACCUCAAACAGAUGGCUGCAAUGGUCUGAGGUACAAUUUGACUUCAGAUAUCAUUGAGUCCAUAUUUCGAACAUAUCCUGCAGUAAAAAUGAAAUAUGCAGAAAAUGUUCCACAUAACAUGACAGAAAGGGAAUUCUGGACACGGUUUUUUCAGUCUCACUAUUUCCAUCGGGACAGACUCAAUACAGGCUCAAAAGACCUCUUUGCCGAAUGUGCCAAACUGGAUGAGAAAGGGUUAAAAGCAAUGGUGUCUCAAGGAGUGAAAAACCCUAUGAUAGAUUUAACAGCUUUGGAAGACAGAACAUUAGAUGAAGGCUAUGGUGUUGCUCCUGUGGCCUCUACAUCAAAUGCCUCAAAAUCUGCUAGAGAAAGUAGCAAUGCUGCCAUUAUAAAACGCUUUAAUCAUCAUAGUGCCAUGGUCCUUGCAGCUGGCCUCAGAAAACAAGAAGCACAAAAUGACCAUUACAGUGAGACCAGCAGUACGGAUGGAAACUCCAGGGAUUCAGAUUUCUUUCAACCACCAAUCAAAAAGGUGAAACUACAGGAAUCCAUUGAAUAUGAAGAUUUAACAAUGAAUAAUAGCACUAAAACUAUUGCACUAAAUUUAAAGAAAUCUGACAGGUAUUAUCAUGGUCCAACUCCAAUUCAAUCACAGCAAUAUGCAACCAGUCAGGAUAUAAUUAAUUCUUUUCAUAGUAUUAGGCAAGAAAUGGAAGCAUAUGUACCCAAUCUAACUCAGGUUCUUUCAAGUGGUGAUGCUGCUAGCACUAUUGCAGUCCUGUCACCUGGAGGAGCACUUAUGCAGGGUGGAACACAGCAAGCCAUAAACCAGAUGGUGCCAAAUGACAUUCAAUCUGAACUAAAACAUUUGUAUGUGGCAGUAGGGGAACUGCUAAGACACUUCUGGUCCUGCUUUCCUGUUAACACGCCAUUCCUAGAAGAAAAGGUUGUGAAAAUGAGGAGCAACUUGGAAAGAUUUCAGCUUACAAAACUCUGCCCAUUCCAAGAAAAGAUUCGGAGACAGUAUUUAAGCACAAAUUUGAUAAGUCAUAUAGAAGAGAUGCUGCAGACAGCCUACAAUAAGUUCCAUACAUGGCAGUCCCGGCGUAUGCUGAAGAAGACGUGAGAGUGCAUGCUGUACAGGUUUGAGAACAGAAAUCUGCAAUAGGGAUAGGAGUACAACCUAGCACAUGUGCAGAUCUUAUAGUUGUUGCAGGAAGACCUGCAACCUAUGGACUUCUGGAAACGAUGCUAACUGAACUUGCACAUUUUUUGAAAAAAAGAACUGAGAUUAAACUUGAAAACUAGGGAGAAGAACAAGAACGAACCAAAACAGAAGAGCUGAGGCGCAAAACUAUUUAAAAGACACUGUUUACUGCAGUUACUCAGGAACUGCUUUUGAUUUGCAUUAAGAGCUGCUUUCAGAAAUAAAAAAUUUAAAGAGGGCGUAUUAAUAAAAUCUGUUUUUGUCUAAUUUUUUUUUUAAGAAAUGUAUGGCACAGGGUAGAAAUCAAAAAUGUUUUCACUGGAUUCUGACAUUUUGUUGAAUUGUUUGUACCUUCCGCAGCCAUUUAACAGUGCUAUUUUAGAAUGGAGCUGAAACUGGUUUUACUUCAACCAUCCAGGAGAGCGUAGCUGUCCAACGAUGAGCUACUGCCAUGUUCCCCCCCCAACCCCCAAUUGGAAGCAAGAGACAUUGCACUAAAAGCUGUUCAUGACCUGGGGCCCCUAAAGGGACAUGGGGGCAAACUCUCACCUGAGAUCUUGGAUUUUUAUGCAAAACUUUUUCAGCCAUCUGUUUUGCAUGUGUUCCUCUGAGUGCAAGUGUGUGCUACUGCAAUCUUUUUUUUUCUUUUAAGGUGGCAUUUGUUCUGAGGAGAGUUUACUUUUUUUUAAAUGAAAUUAAAUAAAGUUUCUUACAAAAGUCACUUAUUUUCAACUAUUAGACUUCUUGUUUAAUUUCUUCUCCUAAAUCUCUUUUCCUUCACUCUCCCCAUUUGACUAUUACAUUAUUUUUGGCGAAUUGAUAAUCAGCACAAAGAAAAAUGUUAUUUACAAAAUGUCCAUAAAUAUUGGGAAUCUGUGCCAUACUUUGUUCCAAAUAGAACCAGUUCACCGUUUCAGACCAACCUGUCUUGUAUUAAAUGUGACUCAAAUGCAAAGUAAACCUGUUUUCUAUAAUAUAUGCAGUUGAAUGACAUCCUUGUAUUUUUUUGUCAUCCUGACUGUACUAAGGCUCAGUACAGGCUACUGAAUUUUUUACUUCUAACUAAAUGUGACUGUUAGAGUAUAAGAUGCGUUUUCAAAGACAAAUCAGAAUGACAAUACUUAGUUAAAGCAAGCACAGCAGAGUAAGACAGAAGAAAUCCCCACUAGCUCGCAUGAUGACUUAAUACUGCGUUCUGCCAUCACUGGUAUGAUAUUAAAACAUUACAGUAUGAUGCCAAGUGGAGGAUUGUUGCAGAUGUAUUUGUAUAGCCAAGUCUGUGCUUGUUCUGUGCUGCUGCUCCAUUUAUGCAAGAGGGGCUUUGAUUUAACCGGUGCACGGAAGGCAGCAGCUUCCUUGUUUCCGGUGUUCUUGGAGUUUUGUAUUAUGCUACUAUUUUGAUAAAAGCUGAGUUUCAGUUAAAUGUCACUGUCUGCACCAAACCCUGUCUGGAAGUGUAUGCGUAUUGUUAAGCCCAGUUUCCUGGUCUGCUUCUGCAGAUAGAUGCAUGAUACCUGCUCUGUGAUGUAAUGUGGUUUGCUACAAGAAGUGAUAGCUCUGCAAGAGGGACAUACUAUUUUUUUGGCACAGUAAGUGUCAUAAAUGGAUGCAUGAGGGCGAAGAGGUGUACGUCUUGUCAAGGUUACCUCUUCUGGUAGAUAGUUUGUGUAAAAUCUAGGCUUAGAGUAGGGCUUUAUUAAGCCUAAUACUCUUAAAAGUGCAGGCAGUUCCCAGAAAGAAAGGGUUUUGUUCCCCCCCCCCGAUUCCAAAGCAUUGGAUCUAGAAAUUUUGUGGCCAAAUUUCAGCUAUAUAGUGAAAGCUAUCAUUGCUUUCAUCAUUGUCAGAGGAAUACAAGAAAUAUCCAAUUUGUAUUCUAACUUUGCCUGAAGCUACAAACAGAUGUGAGUAUUCAGCUGCACUGAGGCUUUGCAAUAAUUAUUUCAUUUUAAAAUCAAACAGGAGUUCUAUACUCAGAAAUAAUUCACAUUUGAUUUGAUUCAGUAUUUAGCGUUCCUGGAACACCAAACAAAACACUUAGCACAGUGCAAAAAGUUUCAGUGCAUCGCAAGACGAUUAGUUAGAGCUCAGAAGACUGUUGUUUGCAGUCAUGACGGGGGAUAGUAUUGCUAUAGCUUUAAGUUAUUGGUGUGAUAUCAGGCUAUCAAAAUGUUUCUUAAUUACUAGAACUGCGGGGGUGGGAGGAGAGAAGGAAGACAGUGAAUUCAACAGUUUUGCCUAGAGACUGCACAGGCAAGGCUGCUAUGCACUCAUACUGCUUUUUCAGGUAUUGUGGCAAUAAGGCACAGGCCCCUCCUGAACUAAGGGAGGUAAACUGAAUAUCCUUUCUUCUACAUAGCGUUCCCCUUCUCUGUAGCAUGGUCCAAAUCCCAGAUUCAUUCCUUAAGUUUUGAAACAAAAUCGUCAUGCAUUAUAUUACUAUUGGAAUCUUUAUACUGACUUGUAUUUUUAAUGAGAAUUCAUAAAACUUGUAUCACUGGCAUUGAUCUAAGAUUUGUAGAAUAAACCCUACUGAAUUCUAAAGUCAA